UGGCUUAAUGACGACGGUUAUUUACAUGUGAACCACAGCUCUUUUUACAGGUAGUACACGGAAUGUUGUGUGGUGGUUAAAAAACACAACAGACAGACUUUGAGAGAUUGCUGCUAAAUCGGUCUGUUGCGUUACGCUGCGUUGAUUAACUAAGUUUAGAAACAGUUAAUUAGAGGAAUCUUCAUGGCAUUCUUGCGUGCGAGAUUUCCGGUCCCCUCUCUCGAGACUCUGCAUAUUUAACUUUUCUUGAAGCGAAUCAACCCUUAGACUGAAUUAAUAGGGUGACAAUUGAACAAAUAGAAAGGUUUCCUACUAAAAAAUUUUCUCGACGAGUUUUAUUUAUUGCCACAUUGAUAUUUUGAGAGUAUUAUUGAAACUAUCAAAUUGAGACGUACAGGAUGACGAGCUAAGCGAAUAAAAGCCCGAGUUGAUAUUAUGAGCAUACACACACAUGGAAAGUGAGUGAGUCACUGCUCGGGGUACAGACAAAAUUUCCGGCCCUGAUGUCACCAUCAGGAGGCUACGAUAAGCCACAGCCUUUAUAGUUCCAGAACUCUUGUAUGUUUGCAAUAUAAUAAUUGCAGAACAAAAAGGGCUGAUUAAAUCAUCUUUUAUACCCUCCAUUGUGAUUACUUGAGAUGAUUAUGUGCGUGAACAUGCAGAGCAACCACUAUUUGCGUCUUCGACACAGAGCCAAACAAACUGGACACAAUAGUAUCGAUCUCAAUACUACUUGAGCAAGUAUUUAAGUGGGAUUGGUGGGUGUAUUUAUUGAUUUAAUAUACGCAAGUUGAGAGGAAAAUCGAAAAAAGGAACGCUAUAGAAAGAAAGUGAGAAACCAAAGUGGUGAACUCGUAAAAAGACAGCAAUGUGAACCUCUAGCUCUCUAUUUCUGGAGACUAUUAAAUGAAACCUGUGCUCUCUGAAACAAAAUAUAGUUAAAGUGCUUUAAAUUAAUGAUACUGAAAACUAAGAAUAUAAAUACAAUGAAGGAGUCAAAUAUAAUCUCAAAUAGAUUAUUUUCUGUAACGUUGCACUGGACAUGGAUCUUUGUGGUCGUAACAUUGCUCACUCCUCAUAAAGUGGUACUUAGUCAAAAAGUCCCCUUUGCUCAGCAUUAUGACGAAGCUCAUAAAAGUCGAUCUCCGGGAGAAAGCAACUCUUCACAAAACAACUACAGAGGAAAUGGCAAUGUGCUUUACAAUAAUAAUUCAUCUAGUUCAAGUGAUCACAACACCCGGUAUCAAGAUAAAGAUCUACGAGAUUUUCCUGACCACAACUCCAUCAAUUGGCUUUCACCAAAUCCAUUCGCCGUCCCCGGAACCGGUAGUGAUGCGGUCAACAACAGACAAAGUACUAACAACAAUCCGUUUCAAGGUGCAAACAACAACAUAACCCAAUAUCCAACUAAUCCAAACGAUCCUAAUUAUGGACGACAAAACAAUAACAACCUUUACAAUCAGAACAAUCCUGCAACUUGGCCACAACAAGGAACGAACAACCCUUCGGGGAGUCAGAACAAUAAUAGAAAUAUUCCAUUUCCCUCCAGUAAUGACCGACAGAGAAAUCCAACCAGUAUGAACGACCCCUUUGCAUUUGAUCCCAAUCGAUCCCAACUUGAUCAGUAUGGUCGUGAAAGGGAUCGAGGAGGCGUUGGGGAUUUUAAUGUUAAUUCUAACACCGUUCCAGUUGAUGGGCUCGGAAAUCGGAGAGAUGAAGACAGUGGAGGAGUCAGAACAGGAAGUGUUGAUCCAAGAAUUAAUAUCAAUCGGCAAUAUAAUAGUCCUACCUACACGGAUAUUAGGGAGCGAACAACGCAAAACCCCAGACCUUUUGGGUUUGGUCCCGACGUGGGACCACGAUCGGGUUAUCCAAGCAAUUAUCCUGGUUCAUCAAUAUCUGACGGUAAUACCCAGCAGCAGCAAAACAGCUCUGCCUCCUUCUACCCUGGAGGUUAUCCUCAAAGUGCUAGUGGCAAUUACCCCUCUUCAGGAAUUAAUCCUUACGACAGAGUCGGAGGUGGUGAUGGGGCAGGUGCGUCGUAUGGACAAUCCUACCCUAAGGUGGGAUUAGGGAGUGGAAUUGGAACCACGUUUGACCACACGGGAAGAAGAAAUAUCCCUCCAUUCGUUAACUAUCCUGGGAGAGGAAAUUUUGACCCCGGUUAUCCCAAUGUUAACAGUUGGAAUGAGUACUGGACUACGACUACUUAUAGACCAACUGCGCCCGGUGUUUUGGGCCGGUGGAGGACCGAUUUGCAAGGGCAACAAAGGCCAGAAGAUAUUAAUCAAGUCCCACAAUCUGUAUACGUUAUGACCACAUUUGGAAGAAUUCAGGGGUUUAAAACUAAAAUUUACGACGGACCUUGGGUACCUUUGCCAGCCCGACCCGGCAUAGCCAACGUCGAUAAGGUCAAAUCAGUUGUUUCCUCAUUUGUCGGGAUCCCUUAUGCCAGAGCGCCCACUCAUGAGGGCAGAUUUAGGCCACCGAGGAGUCAUCCUGGUUGGCAACUACAUCAGGCUGUAGAAGUUCCUCCGGCAUGUCCACAGCCUGCGAGAUUUUUUGGGCAUUCUGCCGGAAUUAUUCAAGUGCAUGAAGAUUGUUUAUUCUUAAACGUAUACUCUCCCGACGUCGGUUCAGGUGUCGAAGGAGCUCCAUUUCCGGUUAUAUUUUACAUUCAUGACGGAGAUUUCAUUCACGGAGCGUCUCAUCAAUUCCCACCACAUCAAUUGGUGGGGUGGUAUAAACUGGUCGUAGUCACGGUUAAUUUCCGACUCGGUAGUUUGGGUUUCAUGUCAACCGGCGACGAACAUAGUCCUGGAAAUUAUGGAAUGUUGGAUCUGACCAUGGCCCUCAAAUGGGUGCAUGAAAAUAUUCAUAGUUUCAACGGAGAUCCAGAACGCAUCACCUUGGUUGGCUUGGGCUCUGGGGCUGCGGCAGCAGGCUUGCUCAUGCUUUCACCACAAACCAAGCAGUUGGUUAAAAAUGUAGUGGCACUCGAAGGCGCAAUGACAGCCGAUUGGGCAGCUAUUGUUGAUCAGUACAGAGUCCAAAAUACGACACAGCUAUAUUCCUUUAAGAUGGGCUGUUGGCAAGAUUUUGAGACAACGUCCUGGAAAAUGGUCCAAUGUCUUCGCAGUCGAAGUUGGCAAGAAUUGGCAAAUUUGGAGUUGGACCCUGAUGUUGGAACUUUUCCCUGGUCUCCUGUGGUCGAUCGCACCUUCCGCGUCCCGAAAGAUGAUUAUUUGAACGACUGGAAAGAAGAAGACUGGCGAUUUCUGCCCGACACUCCACACAAUCUUUUAAAGACUGGAAACUAUCCUUUUGUCAAAUACAUGACCGGCUUCUCUCGACAGUCCGCUGCUGAUCUACUCUUCGCAAACAAGACUAUUGCCCCAAAUUAUGUGGUUAGUCGCGAGUGGUUUGAUGAGCAAAUUAACCUCUGGGUGAAAAAAUACAACUACACGCUAAACCCAGAGGGUGUUUUUUCCGCCAUUAAAUACGCUUAUACAUACUGGCCAGACCCAAAAAAUACGACACAUUUAAGAGAAGAAUACAUUGACUUCCUCUCGGACGCCCUUUAUCGAGCUCCUAUUGAUGAAGCAGUCAAACUGUUGCUAGCUCGUGGGAUUCAAGUUCAUAUGUACAUGUUAAAUUACACGCUCGAAGGGCUUCGCCUCCCGUUUUGGAGGGAGGUUCCUCGUGGGAUGGAGUACUACAUGCUUUCAGGAGCACCCUUCAUGGACCCUGAGUUUUACCCUGAACGCCUUCGUGUCGACAGAUUCGCUUGGACUGAAGGUGAUCGAAACAUGAGUAAUUUUCUCAUGACUUCGGUAGCAAACAUGGCUUAUUAUGGACAACCAACGCCGAGGGAGGUGCUUGGCAUCUAUUGGGAAAGAGCUACCCCAGCAGACUUGAAAUACUUGGCCUUGAAUGGGACCAACAAUUCAACAAUACAGAGAAAUUAUCGACAAAGGGAAUUGACAUUCUGGAGCGAGUACAUGCCCUCGGUUGUGGGACAUUUAGUGGCCACAUACCCUCCAACAACAGAAUAUUGGUGGGAACCCAACGAACCUUUACAGAUCGCAUUUUGGUCAGUCAGCGGCAUAUGUCUCAUUUUAAUUGUUGCCCUUGUUGCGUGCUGCUUGUUAUGGCGCACUGCAAAGAAACAAAGGGAUCGAAUAUAUGAUGACUUGGGAUUGGGCAGUGAGCCGCUUCGGAUGGGGUCAAUGGGAGGUGAUGAAAUGAGUGAAUAUGCUGAAACAGUGAAAACAAUCGAUUCGAUGGAUUCUGGAAGACUGAAAUACAGCCAUCGCCCAGACCCUCCCCAGCAACACCAACAACAAAGGUUUCCGCCGGCAUCCUACUCCACACAAUCCACGGUACACAAUGGUUCUCACUUACGGGACACGAAGGACAGAUUUCAUGUUCCGAUCAAGAAGGCAGGAGUCGAACGAGGAGGAAGAGAAACGCCACAAACGACAGUGAGCCAAAUGGAUUUGAUAGCGAGGGAAAAGUAAUAGGUUUUAGAACAUCUUAUUGUGAUAUUUUCGUAUUUUUUUUAGUAUAUUUAUCAUCAAUUUGUACUGGUUACACACAUGUACUGCAUAUUAGAAAUAGGUGGGGAACAUAGGAUAACCGUCUUAAGUUAAAUGCUAAUACUUUUAUGCUCUGCCUAUACCCAAAGAUCUCACAUUAAAAUGCCAAUAUUUCCAACAUUUUUUAUUCUGUGUCAAAGUAUACGGAACUGCAAAUUUGGAGUUGGUAAAAUAUUAGUGAACAAGAUACUUUUUGCCACGCACGUGCAUACGUGCACUACAAUAUUGCACACAAAUAAAUAGAACAAUAUUAGGGAAAGCCACCCUUAUAACUUAAUUUUAUCAAUCAAUCUUAUUGUGCCCGACCCACACUAAUUUUAUAAGUAUACAAGUAAACAAAUAUUACUAUAAAACGGUGACCAUUUUUACACAUGUGUUCAAAUCUUGUAGAUAUACAGGAAGUGUUGAGUUUAAUUUACGAUUGUUUGUAUCACAGACAAGAAGUGAAAUGUUAGUUAAUAUGAACUGUCUCUCUAAAAAAUAUACAAUUUACCCUGAACUGAAGGAGCUUCGACUAUACAAGAAUUAAACUUUACAUACUUAAAAUGAAA